AUGAAAAAGCUCUCAGGAGAGCAGUUUCCCCCCGUCUCGAAGCUGAAAGUCGAGCGACUGCCAGGGUGCAAACUCCGCAGCCUGAACCAGGACUCCGCAGCAGGACCUGGCCCACCUGCCGAAACGCUCCCCACUUCGAGCAAAGGGCGCACGAGAUGCGCACGGGAGGAAUGGUUGAAGAGACAUGUGCAGCCAGAAUCCCUGGGUGAUGAUGGGGCGACUUUUCGGCCAGGUAUGACUCUCGAGUCGAUCGGCAAUGUCAUCAUGCGCGAGACAGAAGAGUUGCAAAGCAAGCGCAUCAAGCUUCUACCUGCAAGCUCCAAAGUUGAGGUUCUGUCUAUAUCCUCUAAAUCUGAAAGGCGCAUGCACGUGCGCGAUGCUGACGGGGUUGAUGGCUGGGUCAGCAUCCGCAAAGAAAGCGACGAGGAGCUGUGGGCUCUCAUCCCACCCAUCACUGCUGGAUGCAAGCUGUAUUCCAGAGAGGAAGAGCUCCGCUGUUUCUACGAUGUUGAGUCCUGGGAUGUCAUUUGCCUCGUGCGGCGAGGCGAGCACAUGUUCGCUACCGGCCAACCGGUGUCGAACGAGGGUUACACGAUG